AUGGUGCGCGCAGUCCAGACCAUAAGUUUGGUGACUAAUUUGUCGAAAUUCUUCAAAGACGCAAGCAAGAAGGAGUGUAUCACACUUGAGAUACAACACUGGGACAGUUUCUGUCAACACGACAAUGUCUUGUUUCCCAUCUGGCAUCGCUUUUACUGUCUUCGACUAGAGCAUGCACUUGAAACUGUAUUCCUCGACGGAGAAGUGGCACUGCACUACUGGGACGACAAAUCAAUUCCUAAAAUCCGAACUCAGGAAGAAGUCUUAAUUGAUGGAGUAGUCCAAAGGAACUCUCUGUUGGACUUGGUGAUCUCUAGGGGUAUUGGAACUGACCCUCAAUGUCAUUUUACAAAACCAUACGGGUACCAGACUGUGCGAUGUCCCUAUUCUGGCAUAGUGGGUAAAAUGUCUAAGCAGCACAAUGAGAGCGUGAAAGAGAAAGACGAAGAAUAUUUUCCAAAGAACUUAGAAAUUUGGAUGCACGAGAAAUCGAUGAGGUCAGAGAACGGAAGUGUUUCCGAAUUAUUCAAAAGUUGUUUGGAGAAUGACAACUACAAUACUUUUUCAAACAACAAGUCAGCAGGCGAUGAUAUUGCGCUGGAGCAGCCCCACGAUAAUGUCCAUAUUACAGUAGCGGGAUGGGGAGAUCUAUACGCGGCUGAAGAUGACUCUCCUCAGCGGCUAGUAAUUGAGGAGGCAGAGGGUGCACAUGGGGACAUGGGGCUGAAUGAGUUCGCCAGUUUUGAUCCCAUAUUCUUCCUCCACCACUCCAACGUGGACAGGGUCUUCUGGGUGUGGCAGAAGAAGUGGGGCCACACUGAACACAUACAAGUGGACAAAGAUAGUCCAUGUCAUACAUGA